UCGCGUUAUUGCGGUUGUGCUGUGGCGCGUCCCGUUUUGAAGCAGCACGAGCAGCUCAGCUGUUUUCAACUAGGAAUAAAAACGAACUUUGGAGUGUUUUUCGGAUUCGUUUUUUUCCUUUUCUUUUGAAGGGCAUUUUGCGCCUGACCGACCAAUUUGUACGCGGAGCCGGACGGUCAUGUCUCUGCCGAUUUUGGUUGCGCUCCUGGUUCUGUGUCCGAACCCGCGUCCGUGCCGGCCUCUCGACGACCAGGCGGCGGACUGCGGGCCGUGCCGAACCGACUCGUGCCCGGCGCCGCUAGGCUGCCGGGCCGGCGCGGUCCCGGACCGCUGCGGCUGCUGCUCGGAGUGCGCCAACCUGGAGGGGCAAGCCUGCGACCCGGGACGCAAAAACGUCCUCUUUGGACUCUGCGGGGACGGCCUGCGGUGCCAGGCGGAGCCGCGACCCGCCGGACGGCGUGUGGACGACCAAGACGAGGAAGAGGAGGAAGAGGAGCAGAUGUGCGUUUGCGAGGAGCGCGAGGCGGUGUGCGGAAGUGACGGGGUGACGUACGCGAACAUGUGCCACUUCAAAGAGGCCGCCUUCUCGGACCCCGAGCUGCACACCAGGGGGCGGGGCCCCUGCAAGACCGUUCCAGUUAUCAAAGUGGGCCCUAAAAGCCAAGUGACCAGGAGCGGCAGCCAUCUUGUUUUCCUGUGCGAGGUGUUCGCCUUCCCGAUGGCGGCGGCGGAAUGGCGCAAGGACGACGACGACGACGACGUCGUCCUGCCCGGAGACGACCCACACAUCUCCGUGCAGUGUUUUUAUCGUGUUUUUGUUGUGUUGUGGAUUGAGUUGUUGUUGCGUACGGUGUCGUCGUGUAUUGUGUCUUCGGGUGUGUGUGUUAAAAGCGUAAGACGGGAAGUCGCCGCGAUGACGUCUGUACACGAGAGAAGUGACAAGAACAGGAAGUUGAAGCCACGAACGUCAGCAUCAAAAGACGCUCGAGACGCACAAGAGGUGGAAGACGACGACAACGGCGACAACAAGGGGCACGAGUGCGCCGCACGCAUGGACGAGGACGUGAAGAAAGAAGGACAUGUUUUCCUUCAGCACCACAGGUUUGGAAAGAAGUGGAAGAGCAUGUGGUGCGUGCUGUUCCGGGAAAGUUCUUUUUCCAUCUCCCGUCUGGAAUUGCGGGAAGUCAAAGAUGGCGGCGGCGGUGAGAAGAAGCACAGGAGCGGCGGCAAACACACCAAGGUAAUCCGUCUGUCCGACUUGGUCCGCGUGAGCGCCGACGUCUACGCGGAGGCGUGUCCCGCCGACUGCGCCCCCUUCCUGCUGGAGACCGUCGACAAGGUUCUGGUGCUGGCGGCCCGCGCCGACCACGUCAGCCACUGGACCACCACGCUGUGCCAGUUGGCCUUUCCCGUGAGCUGGGAGGAGCCCAGCAAAAGCCGAAAACAACAGCUCGAACAAGAACAAGGAAAAGAAGAAGGCAUACAGGACAACGCUUUGUACGCCAGCACCACCGCCACAGGCCGUGACUUCCGGGUGUGUGUGCGAGGUACUACGUCGUCUGAGCGUUGCAGGUUGAAGGGCGACGGUGUUCUGAGAGCUGGCGAGGAUGCACUUUACCUGCUGGACAGUCAAGGCGUUACACUCAUGUCCUGGCCAUACAGAUUCCUUCGCCGCUUCGGGCGGGACAAGAGUUGUUUCUCGGUGGAGGCGGGUCGUCGUUGUGCGUCCGGCGAAGGCAAUUUUGAGUUUUGCACCAAAGAAGGUCACUUCCUGUUCCAGGCGGUGGAGGCGGCCAUUAGCCUGCAGCGUGCGCGUCAAACGUCUGAAGGCGCGCCCGUCGGGCAUGACCCCUCCCGGAAGGUCAACCCGCCGCCCUUGCCGCCCACGCCGCACGCCCCACACAUGCAAUCCUCGGCCGCUCGGAUGGGCGUGGCCUUGGCGCAGACGCUGGCCAGGGUCGGCAGGUUGAAGUUGGACACCUGCGGGGGCCCCUGCAACCCCGAGAUCCUGGACUCCACCUACUCUCAGGUGUCCUUUCCCGCACUGCGCACGCCGCCGUGCACGCCGCCCCCCCUGAGGGACGCCGGCGAGUACUCGAAGGUGGCGUCGAGCCCGCCCCCCACCCGCCUCUACGACGACACCCCCGCGUCGCUCUACGGGAAAUCGGAUCACAUUUACGACGAGCCCCGAGUUCAAGAACCGGCGCCCCUUUGGGUCCCGUGCGGCCCGCCCUCCGAAUACGCCGCCCCCGAAGAGCUAAAAGGAGAUGCGUGGAGGGUCAUGGCCACCCCCGCCGACCUUCGCCGCCAACUCUCCUCCGCCCCUAAACGGGCCCGCGGGCCGCUUCCCGUCGCAGAGCAGGAAGCGCGCGAGUUGUACGACGACGUGACGGCGUGUCAGGGCGAAGCCAUGUUCUGACGGCGCUGACUUACGAGUCGACUCGCUCGUAACUCAAAUCAUUCCCCGUCGAAAUGAAUGGAAUGGCCAAAAUCCGUUUUGAAAUAAGAAAAAUAUUACUCCACAGUCUUGUACUUCAUAAAACCAUCCGGUCGUAAUAUAAUUUGAUGGUGCUAUUGCAUCUUGAUUUCCUGCUUCAAUUGAACGGAGGUGCCGCUUCACAAUCACAAUUAUAACAUCACAACUAAUCGUAACAACCAAAAAACAAACGCAACAAUUACAAGCGAUUUCUGGUGAAGAGCGGAAUUGACAGUUCCAUCAAUCACAGCAAGUCGUCCAGGUCCUGAAGGGUCAGAGCAGCCCCGGACCAUCACACCACCACCGCCGUGUUUGAGUUUUGGUAUGUUGUUGUUUUUAUGAAGUGCUGUGUUAUAUUUAUGCCAGGAGUAAGGAGACACACACCUUCCAGAAAUGUCAACUUUCAUGCGUCAGUCCAUACAGUCAGAUGAAAAGUAAGAAGAGCCUUUAUGUUCUUUUUGGCCAACAGUGGUUUGGGCCUUGGACAUUGACAUGGGGGCCAGUUUUGCACUCUCUUCCUUCUUGUUGAGUCAUGAACACUGACCUUAAUUGAGGCAAGGGAGGCCUGCAGUUCUUUCUAUGUGGUCCUGGGUUCCUUUGUGAUCGCCUGGAUGAGCCGGCUUUGUGCUCUUAGGGUCAUUUUUGUAGGUCGGCCACUCCUGGCUUGAAGGUUCACUACUGUUCCAUGUUUUCUGCAUUUGCGGAUAAUGGCUCUGCCUAUGGAAUACUAAAGCUUUAGAAAUGGCUUUUGUGACCCUUUCCAGACUGGUAGAUUAAUUAAUGAAUUCAUCAAUUACUUUAUUUCUCAUCUGUUCUUGUAUUUCUGGGGAUGGCGGCAUUUUGUUGCAAUUUCCUUUCAGAUCUUUUGGCCGACUUGAUUUUGUCAAACAGGUUCUGUUGAGGUUAUUUCUUGAUCGAACAGGUCUGGAGGUCAUCACGCUUGGGUGUGCGGUGAAAAUCAACCAAAGAAUUUGAUUAGCCACAGUUAUUUGAUAAUUUAACGAGAGGUGCCAUUACUUUUUUCACACAGGGCUAUGUAACUUUGAAUAUUUGUUUUGCCUUAAUAAAUAAAAUCACCAUUUAAAAACGGUUUCUAAUGAUUUUCUUG